UACCUUCAUGUUGCUCCAAUUGCUUUUAAGUCGAUGGGGUAGACUAUCUUUAUUUGCUUGACCAAGAAAGGACAUUAGUAUCACCUUAUCUCUAUGAUCAGCAGAGUAAUUACCAGCAAGAGAACUGAGUUCAUCCAUGGCUCUCGUUAGAGCUCGAGAAGUCUCGUCUUCCGAUUCUAGUACUUAUCACGUGUUCUUGAGUUUUAGAGGCGAAGACACUCGCAAGACUUUUACCGACCACCUCUAUGAAGCCUUUGUCAGUGCAGGCCUUCGAACUUUCCGAGAUGAUGAUGAACUUGAGAGAGGGGAAGAUAUUAAGUCGGAGCUGCCGAUAGCAAUCCAACACUCUCGAAGUUCAGUCGUAGUGUUUUCGAAAGACUACGCUUCUUCCAAGUGGUGCCUUGACGAGCUUGUGAGGAUCCUUGAACGGAAGAAGGCGUCUAAACAUGUAGUUCUACCAGUGUUUUAUGACAUUGAUCCAUCGGAGGUGAGGAAGCAGACUGGAUCAUUUGCGAAAGCAUUUUCUGGACACCAAAAAAAUCGAUCUUUGAGCAAGGACAGGGUAAAUGGAUGGAGGGCAGCACUUGCAGAAGUUGCAGAUCUAGCAGGGAUGGUCUUACAAAAUGAAAAUGAUGGGCAUGAGGCAAAGUUUAUCAAGAAAAUUGUUAAAGUGAUCGAAGCCAAAUUAAGUCGCACGCCAUUAAGUGUUGCCCCUUACCUGGUUGGUAUCAAUUCUCGAGUAGAAGAGAUUACUUUAUGGUUACAAGAUGGAUCAUCCAAUGUUGGCAUAUUUGUAAUUUGUGGUAUUGGUGGAAUAGGGAAGACAACCAUUGCGCAAGUUGUUUACAAUUCAAAUUUUUCAAGAUUUGAAGGAAGAAGUUUCCUUGAAAAUAUCAGGGAAAUUUCUGAAAGACCUAAUGGCUUGGUACAAGUUCAAAUGCAACUUCUCUAUGAUAUAUUGGGUGGGAGAGAAGUGAAGAUACAUAGUAUUAGCGAGGGAAUAAUUAAGAUUAAAGAUGUCAUUAGCUGUAAAAAAGUUCUUCUCGUUCUUGAUGAUGUAGAUCAUACGAGCCAAUUAGAUGCAAUACUUAGAAUGAGAGAUUGGUUUUAUCCAGGAAGUAAAAUCAUUAUAACAACUAGGCGUGCAGGGUUGUUAAAGUCUCAGAAGGCUGUUAAGGUACAUAAUGUUCAAACUUUAAAUCAUGUUGAAUCAUUGGAGCUCUUUAGUUGGCAUGCUUUUGGACAAGACCAUCCAAUUGAUGGUUACAUCGAACUUUCAGAAAGAUUAGUAAGCCAUAGCGGUGGACUUCCAUUGGCUCUUCAAGUUUUUGGUUCCUCUCUAUCGGGGCAAAAUUUAGAUGUAUGGGAAAGUGCAUUGAAGAAAUUGGAAGCUAUUCCAAACAGUGACAUCAUGAAUAAACUCAAAUUAAGCUACGAAUCCUUACAAGAUGACCAUGACAAAAAUUUAUUCCUCCACAUUGCAUGUUUCUUUAUUGGAAAGGAUAAGGAUGUCAUUGUCAAGAUACUAGAUGGAUGCGGCUUCUUUACAAUUGUUGGCAUUCAAAAUCUCAUCGACCGAUGUUUGGUAGCAGUUGAUGAAUAUAAUAAAGUGAAGAUGCAUCAAAUGAUUCGGGACAUGGGAAGAGAAAUUGUUCGCCAAGAAUCGAAAGAGCCUGAGAAACGUAGCAGAUUAUGGAAUCAUAAGGAUUCUCUCAAUGUCUUGAGAGAAAAGAAUGGUUCAAAAAAAAUUGAAGGUCUUGCCCUGAACAUGCAUCCUGCGGACUGCCCUUCAAGAAAACCGAAUAUGGUUGUCUUGGAAACCAAGGCAUUUAAAAGGAUGGUCAAGUUGAGAUUCCUCCAGCUUAGUUAUGUACAACUUAAUGGAUGCUAUGAAGAAUUUCCUAAUGGAUUGAGAUGGUUGCAUUGGCUUAAAUUCCCCUUAGACUCUAUACCCAGCGAUCUUCUUUUAGAGAGCAUGGUUGUUCUUGAAAUGCACUACAGCAGCCUAAGACAAAUAUGGAAGGGAAUAAAGUAUCUUCCAGCAUUAAAGAUCCUUGAUCUCAGCCAUUCCCAUGAUCUCAUUGAAACCGCUGACUUCUCAUCGGUCCCCAAUCUAGAAAGAUUUAUUCUUGAAGAUUGUGUAAGCUUGGUUUAUGUCCAUGAAUCCAUUGGAAAUCUAGAGAAGCUUGUUUACUUGAAUAUGAAAGGUUGCAGAAAUAUUACAAAGCUUCCAAAGAGCAUUUCUAUGCUUAAAUCACUCGAAACAUUUAUUGUAUCUGGUUGUUCGAGUCUUAAGGAAUUUUCCAUGGAAAUGGGAAAGAUGGAAUCUCUAAAAGUGUUUCUAGGAGAUGAAAUUCCAAUAAGUAGAUUACACAUUACCACUUUACCCCGCACUUUAGUGGUUUUAAGUCUAACGGAAUGCAAUCUUUCUGAUGAUGCUUUUCCAAGGGAUUUUGGUAACUUACCCUCAUUGCAGAGUUUGGAUCUAAGUAGCAAUCCAAUUUGUAGCCUACCAGAUUGCAUCAGAGGCCUCACGAAGCUCAAUCACCUUGCAUUUUCCCGGUGUUCAAAGCUCAAAUCGCUUGUGGGGCUACCGAGAGUUACAGAAUUAGUUACAGUCCAUUCUGAAUCCUUGGAAAAAAUAACAUUUCAAACAAUUUCGUGCAUCCCGGAGAGGUUUAUGCAUGGUUACAACUUUAAACUUUCUGAGAUUGAGUACUGGUAUAAGUUAGAACCCAUUGAAAGAGUUGAUGUAGAAAUGAUCAAACUUUUGGGAUUGUGCAACUUGGAAUCCAUGAAAGCCAUCAGGAUGUUCAUCCCAGAUAUGCUAUAUCGUUAUGGCAUGAUCCGUCCCCUUGAGGGAUUGUAUGAAUAUGGUAUAUUCAGCACAUUUCUUCCUGGAAACGAGGUUCCAGGCCGGUUCAGUCAUACAAGUAAAGGGUCCUCAAUAUCUUUUACUUUGCCUUCACUUCCUAAUUUCAAGAUCCAAGGAUUGAAUAUCUUCUCCGUCUAUGCAAAUUCUGGUGUGUAUGAUUUUUCUGGUAUGCCUAAUCCAGUAAUGAUCAAAAUAAGUAACAAAAGCAAGAAUCUUAAUUGGAUCUAUGGCCCCUCCUGCUACGGCAUUCCAGAUGAUGGAAACGACAUGACAUGGUUAAGCCACUGGAAGUUUGGGAAUCGAUUAGAAUGUGGCGAUGAAGUGACUGUUUCAAUAUUUACAAGUUCUCCAUUUCUAGUGAAAGAGUGCGGCAUCCAACUUGUGCACGAGCGAGAAGUCGAGAUCAUGAGCAUCCAAGACUACAGCAUAGACCCUUGCCAUCCCUAUGAGGAUUUGGAAGAAUUUGUUCCAGGAACCUACUUCCUGUGGGGUGGACCCAUGGUGAAAGAUAAAGGCUAUGUUUUUAAUUGGCAAAAGGAAGAUUGGUUCCGCAGCAUCUUUGGAGACUCUAAUGAAGAGAAUGACCAAGAAGAAGGGCAGCAGGUGGGCGAUAAGCCGCUUGCGAUUGCAGUUGCAGCAGCAGAAGCAUUGGUAGAAGCAGAGAGAGCAAGCAAUACCGGCGGUCGAAGAGGCUGCAAGAUUUUCGUUAUAUUCACCGCUGUCUUCUUUCUCUUCGUUUCUUUAGUAUUCUCUCGCUUUCCUCUCUCUCGGUCAUGAAAGACAUUUGUUAUACUUGACACAAUCAUCUUUGCCCUCUCUCUGUGCUGUCAAAUUACUUUAUCUGAAUAAUUGUAAUGGGUGGAUUUAUAA